UUUGCUCUCCGUCGACAUCAUUUGGACGUUUAUAGCCUCAUAUAUUUGUGACACAAACAGGGCAGUAAUUGCGAUCGUCAAAAUCAAAAGAAGAAAGCAGUUAUAUCCAACACAUGUGCAAACUUGUCUAAAUUAUGUUAUACACGGUCGCCAUUGUAUUCAUCGUCAUCUUCGCACUUGAAGCAGCCGUUGUCAUUAUUGUCUUCACCAUUUUUGUUUUCAAGACUCAAUCUGGACUCCAUCUGAAACGAACUUGCCUUCUUCUGAUCAACCUGGCCGUCGCUGAUCUACUGGUGGGCGUAGGAGAAGUUGUAGUCCUAGUGAUUCACAGAAUUCCGAAAACUGAUAUCAGAUCUUUGACUGUUUGGUGGAUCGUUCAAGCCUUUGGUUUUUAUGUGUCGGUGAUGUUUCUCGCUAUUUUAUCGCUGAAACGCGUUUACGCCGUGUUCUGGCCACUGCGUCAUCGGUUAACAAGCGCUCGCGCUUACAUUUUCAGCAUCGUUAUCGUCUGUGUAAUUGGGUUAUGCAUCACAGGAUUGUCUUUGUUAACAGUAUAUCACGCAGAUGUGGAUACCGUUUAUGCCGUGGCUACUGCUGAUUUCCUCCUUUUUAUUUCACUCGUCAUUAUCUGCUUAAGGUACUUAUCUAUUCGUUCGCGACUGUACGCUACAAAACCUGACUUACAGGAUGGUCAAAGAAGAUCAACGCGAGACCAGAAUAUACGACUUUCAAAGACAUUUUACAUAGUAGUCGCUGUGUCGCUUAUCUUUUGGUUGCCUAGUUUCGUGGUGUACACCAUCAACGCAUUCCGUUGGCAGUGUUUUUCUUCGACGUUGCUGUGGUUUGGUCUAGGUCUACAGUUAGCAAAUUCGAUGGUGAAUCCAUUCGUGUAUAGAUUUAGGAUGAAAAUAUUUAAAGAUUCCUUGAAAAAAUGCUUGAAAAAGCGCGUUGAUUUAAAACGUGUUACCUUCCGAGUGCAAAACGCACCCCAAGAAUUUACCACGCACUUAUAAACUGAAAAACUUGGCAAACGUCUGUACAGAACUUUAUUGUACACUUUGGCUGUUUUGACAGUGAUAUUCGUUUGUACAAUUUGCUGUCCAUUGUCUUUAUUGAAUUCUCGUGAUUCAAACAUUGACUGAAUUAAAAGCUUCUACUCUGAACAUGAAUGAAAAGCUAAAACGUUUAGUUAUGUGCUGCUUUAGGUUAAGCCACUUCAGAAGAAAAUCAGUUGUUAAAGAAAUAAAGGUUAGUUCAGAAACUUCUAACAAAUCGUAAAUCUUUACAUUCUGC